ACCAAACCCUCCCCUCACAGCAGUGUAAUCUACAAUUCCAGAAUGCCACCCAGCAAUCCAUCCGCCCCCUUAGAAAUUCAAUACGCCCAAGCAUCAAACCUCGGCACCCUCGUGGACAUCGAGAUCCGCUCGUUCCCAUCCUCCAAUUACAUGCGCAGCACGUACAAGGGCUGCGAUCCGCGGGCCGUCCACACCUUCAAGACCGUCUCCGCCCUCGAGUACUUCGCCAAACCCGAGUGCCAUCUCCUGGCGGGGGUCUUGGGGGGUGAUGACAACAUCGCGUACGGCCGGUGGCAUAUCCCAGCGAUUUAUGGGUUCGAACGAGCCGUGGACACUACUUUGAGCAGCGAUGCGCAGGCGCAGGUGCGGGAUACGUGGGCGUACGCCCCGGAGUUGAAUCGGGGGACCUACUCGUUUUACGAGGAGAUGGUACAGCGGAGUCGGGGUCGGCAUCUCCGGAAGACUGAUUUUGUCCUGGAGCUACUGUGCGUCCUACCGGAGUACCAACGGAUGGGAGUUGGCAGUGCGUUUCUCGAAUGGGGCAUCGAGAGAGCAGACGCCUGUAACGCCCGGAUCUAUCUGGAGGCGACGAUGGAAGGGGUGCCCGCGUAUUUGAAGCACGGGUGGAGGGUCGUCGAGGAGGUACGGCUGGAUUACACGGAGCGUGGUGGAGAGGGGAGUCAGAGGUUCGCGUUGAUGAUCCGGGAGCCUGGGGGUGUGGGUUUGCGUGAAUGA